AUAAAAUGAAAGUAAAAAUACUUUCUCGGCCUCAAUCAUUAGUAGUAGCUUCAAGAGUAGGUGAUCAGAAUCCAAUGCCUAGAAAUCUUGAUCCUGCUAUUCAUCCUUUUGAAAGAGCUAGAGAGUAUGUAAGGGCUCUUAACUCGGCAAAAUUAGAUCGUAUGUUUGCAAAACCAUUUAUUGGACAGUUAGGAAAUGGCCAUAUUGAUGGCGUAUAUUGUAUAGUUAGAGAUCCUCGAAAAAUCAAGACUAUAGCUAGUGGUAGUGGUGAUGGAGUUGUUAAAAUAUGGGAUCUUAUUGAACGAAAUGAGGUUAUAACUAUAAAUGCACAUAAUGGUAUUGUAAAAGGCUUAGCAUAUACUACUUUAGGGUAUCUGCUAUCUUGCUCUGCAGAUAAAAUGGUGAAACUAUGGUCAUUGAAUUCAACAGAUCCUAUCAAUGUAUACAUGGGUACCAAUGCUUUUUCUUCUAUUGAUCAUCAUUAUUUUGACCCUAUUUUUGCAACGGCAUCUACAAAAAUUGAUAUAUGGGAUGAAAAUAGAAGUAAACCUAUUUUUACUAUGGAAUGGGGCGCAGAAACUAUACAAGCAGUGAAAUUUAAUCAAACAGAAACCAAUAUUCUUGCUAGUGCAGGUUCUGAUCGGUCACUUAUAUUAUAUGAUAUAAGGACAACUAAACCUUUGUCAAAACUAAUUACGCAGCUUCGAACCAAUUCUAUUUCUUUUAAUCCAAUGGAAGCAUUUAAUUUUGCUGCAGCUUCUGAUGAUCAUAAUUGUUAUAUAUAUGAUAUAAGGAAUCUUACUUCAGCGAAAAAUGUUUUAAAGGAUCAUGUAUCUGCUGUAAUGGAUGUUGAUUUUUCUCCAACUGGUCAAGAAUUAGUAACUGCUGGUUAUGAUAGAACAAUAAGAAUUUUUAAUGCAAGAGAAGGACAUUCACGAGACAUAUAUCAUACUAAAAGAAUGCAAAGAGUAUUUUCUGCAAAAUUUACUUCUGACUCUAAUUAUAUUCUUUCUGGUUCAGAUGAUGGAAAUGUUCGUCUUUGGAGAGCUAACGCAUCUUCGAGAAUGCAUGUACUUAGUACUAGAGAAAAGACAAAAAUAGAAUACACAAAUGCUCUUAAACAGCGUUAUAAGCAUAUGCCUGAUAUUAGGAGAAUCACUAAUAGUAGAAAUAUUCCAAAAGUAAUAGUAAAAAUGAAAAAUACUAAAAAAGAAGAAUUAGCUGCAUUAAAACGAAAAGAAGAAAACAAAAGACGUCAUACUAAAUCUGAAAAUAUAAAAUAUAUCCAAGAACGUAAAAAACACAUAGUUGCACUAAAAAAAUGA